UCCAGGCAGUAAGGGUUAGUAAAAUAGUAAUUAUGGUGCGAAAUAGCUUAGCCGCCGGGGGCACUGAAGAGGAAGAAAACCAACCUUCAAACUUUGGCGUACGCCACUUGCAAAAUUUGCUGAUUUUUUUCGGUCUCUGCGUGGUUUUCAUGCUACGCGUUAAUCUCUCCGUUGCCAUUGUCGCAAUGAUGGAUCGCAAUUCAACGAAUCCGGACUUUCCGGAGUACGCUUGGUCCGAGCGAACGAAGUCUUUACUACUCAGCAGCUUCUUUUGGGGUUACUGUCUCACACAAGUGCCUGGCGGUCAGCUGUCGCAGCGUUUUGGUGGCAAAGUGAUGUUGCUCUUCAGUGUGGGUAUUUCCGCCUUUCUCGCUCUAUUCACGCCACUCAGCGCACGCCUAGGCGAUUGGCAACUCACUUGUGCGCUACGUUUUUUACAGGGUUUCGCACAAGGCGUUAUAUAUCCCUCAACGCACACACUUUUAGCCAAAUGGCCGCCACCAGCCGAACGUGGCGUGCUUGCAACACUCUGUUUCUCCGGUUCACAAUUCGGCACGAUUAUUAUGUUGGGCGUUAGUGGCACAUUGGCCGCUUCGUCUUACGGCUGGCCGAGCAUAUUUUACAUAUCCGGCUGUUGUGGCGUGUUAUGGUCUUUUGUUUGGCUUAUUUGGGGCGCAGAUUCACCAAGUCAAUCGCGUUUAAUUACAAGAGCGGAGAGGAAAUAUAUUGAAAUAUCCUUGGCGGUGAUCUCUAAGAGUGAGAACGAUGCCAGUGCCGCUAAAUUACCAACACCUUGGUUGAGCAUAUUCACUUCGGUGCCAUUUUGGAUGUUACUCUUUGCAUGUUGCGCUUACAACUGGGGCUAUUGGACGUUGAUGACACAAAUACCCUCGUAUAUGAAGAGUGUACUGGGUAAGGAUAUCAAAAGUAAUGCAUUACUCUCAGCCUUACCAUACACGGCCAAUUUAUUGCUUGGCUUGGGAUUUUGUGCUGUGGCACAGCUAUUGCUCUCAGCACAAUUGUUGAGCACGAAUGCCAGUCGUAAGGUGUUCAACACAAUCGGCAUGUGGAUACCGAUGGCGGCGACAAUUGGUUUGGGCUUUGUCAAUGCCGCACAAGCAGAUUUGGCUGUCGUGCUGCUGACAUUGGCCGUGGGUACGAAUUCAGCCACAUUCUUGGGCUCUUUUGUAAAUCACAUUGAUUUAUCGCCUAAUUUCGCUGGCACUUUGAUGGGCAUAACGAAUUGUGCGGCUAAUGUGAUGAGCGUAAUUGCACCGUUAGUUGUUGGUAUUGUCGUGACAGAUACGACAAACUCGCAACAGUGGCGCGUAAUAUUUAUGAUUAUGGCUUCAUACUACUUUACUGGCAAUUUGCUCUUCAUAACUUUGGGUAGCACGAAAUUGCAGCCAUGGAAUCAACCGGCGAAGCGACAAGACGAUCACGAGCGCAUUAAAUUUCAAACAGCAGGGGAGGAUAAAGAGCAUAUCUAAUCUCUGUGUAGAUACGUAAUUCCUCGUGCGUACAUAUGUAAUACACGUAAAUUUAGAAACCAAUGUGCGCAGAUUUUAUCAGCGUCGGAAUUAUCUAAAUGAUAUUCAGUGGAGCCCAAAUAAAUAUUAUGAAGAAAAUUUGAUUUUCAUUACUUCCAUUUUUCAAAUAAGAAAAA